CAAGUGUAUAUAGUGACAUAUCUGACGUGAUUAAAAUGUUUAUGCGAUUUUACGAAGAUUGGUUGUUUCUACUGUGACGUGUCAGGGGAUGCAUAUUUAAUAUUUGUUUAAAAUGCUGGAUUACGUGGUAGUAUUCACGAAAGGAGGUAUAAUCCUUUGGGAUUUUAAUUCCUCUGAAAUAACUUACUCUGCCUGCAUAAAUAAUCUUAUUAGAAGUGUCAUAUUAGAGGACCGCAAUACGGAAUCUAAAUACUUUGAAGAAGAUAAUUUAGCAGUGCAAUAUAAGCUUGAUAAUGAAUUGGAACUUGUGUUUGCGGUUGUCUUUCAAAAAGUUAUUAAAUUAAAUUAUUUAGAUGCAUUUCUCGGAGAAUUGCAGCAGGAAUUCAAGAGAAAGUUUGCUGAUGUAUUAGCAUCUGAAAGAAGGCUUCCAACAGAAUACGAUUUCAAUGAAGAAUUUCGUAAUACAUUGACAACAGUGGAAGAAUCAGCGAGUAAAGUGAGCAAUGCACCGAAACAAAUGCGCUCAUAUAAUGAGUCCACCAAGUCUAAAAAAAGCGUUGCAUCGAUGUAUGAUGAUAAUAAUAAAAAUGAAAAUGUAAAAAAAGUUGUAAUACAAGAAAGAUUUAAGCAGAAAGACACUAAUUUCACAACAGAAAAUUUAAUUUUGGAAAACCGCAAGAGAUUAAAGGAAAAAAUGACUGCCAAAAAAAGUCCAACAGAACCGAAGUCAAAAACCCCUACAUCAGAGAAAGCUGGAAAAAAACCAAGAGUAUGGGACUUAGGUGGCAGUUCAAAGGAUGCUGUAAUUUUAGAUAGAUCAAAGGAUCAACCUCAGGAUGUUCAAUAUCAAAAAGUACAAAAUCAUAUUGUUGGUACAAUGCAGGGACGCAUUCAAGACCUAGAAGUUGAAAGCGAUGAUGAUGAAAUUGACGAAAACAAAGGUGGUAAUCCCAAAAGCGGUGCAAAAACAAGCGGCAUUUUAUCUUAUUUUAAAGGAAUCGUUGGCUCCAAAACUUUGUCACGAGUGGAACUGCAGUCGGCACUUGAAAAAAUGAAAGACCAUUUAAUAUCAAAGAACGUUGCUGCUGAUAUUGCUUAUAAAUUGUGCGAUUCUGUAGCUACUAAUUUGGAGGGAAAACCAUUGGGUACAUUUGAUUCGAUAGCAUCAUUAGUAAAAAACUCCUUAACAACGUCAUUGGUACGUAUAUUGUCACCCAAGAGAAGAAUAGAUAUUAUUCGAGACGCACUAGAAGCUAAGAAUAACGGCCGUCCAUAUACGAUAGCUUUUUGCGGCGUUAAUGGAGUCGGAAAAUCGACAAAUUUAGCAAAAAUAUGUUUUUGGCUAAUUGAAAAUGACUUUAGUGUUCUAAUUGCUGCCUGCGAUACGUUUCGGGCUGGCGCUGUGGAACAACUGAGAACACAUACUCGUCAUUUAAAUGCUUUACACCCUCCAGAAAGACAUAACAAUCGAACCAUGGUUCAACUUUAUGAGAAAGGAUAUGGAAAGGACGCAGCGGGAAUUGCAAUGGAAGCUAUUAAAUUUGCGAAUGACACAUCCAUUGAUAUUGUUCUGAUUGAUACAGCUGGUCGCAUGCAAGACAAUGAACCUCUUAUGAGAUCGUUAUCCAAAUUAAUCAAAAUAAAUGAUCCAGAUUUGGUGUUAUUUGUUGGGGAAGCACUUGUUGGGAAUGAAGCUGUUGACCAACUUGUUAAAUUUAACCAAUCUCUCGCAGAUUACUCUUCCAAUGAAAAUCCUCAUAUAAUAGAUGGAAUUGUCCUUACAAAAUUCGAUACAAUCGAUGAUAAAGUAGGGGCAGCUAUUUCCAUGACCUAUAUCACUGGUCAGCCGAUCGUAUUCGUUGGAACCGGACAAACAUAUUCAGAUCUGAAAGCCCUAAACGUUAACGCCGUCGUACAUGCAUUAAUGAAAUAAAAGAUUUAUUAAUUAAUGUCAAAUUGUUAUUUUUCCCAUUUACCAAGGUAUGUCAUACUAUUAGAUCAGGUAUAAUAUGAUGUUAAUUUAUGCACCAAUAAAGAAAAAAUAUUUUCAUAUAUAUAA